UUUCAGUCUUCCAGUUUUUUAAAUAAUGAGGCGGGUGGACUAGCGAGAAACUCAGAACGGUACUUCUCUCCCUCUUUAUCUGUCUCUCUCUGUCUCGAGUGAAUAACUUAGUUUCUCUCCCUCUUCACUCUCGAUAAUGGAGUUGGACCCUGACGACAUCUUCAAAGACGAGGAAGACGACUCCGAUUCUGAGUUUUAUCAGCAAAGGGAAACCUCCAAAGAGUUUGUGGUCUACCUCGUCGAUGCUUCUCCCAAAAUGUUUAGCACGACUUGCCCUGGCGAAGACCAAAAGGAAGAAACUCAUUUCCACAUUGCUGUGAGUUGUAUUUCACAGUCUUUGAAGACUCAAAUCAUUAACAGAUCAUAUGAUGAAGUUGCAAUCGUCUUUUUCAACACUAGGCAAAAGAGGAAUUUGCAGGAUCUAAGUGGUGUCUUUGUAUUUAAUGUUGCUGAAAGAGAGUAUCUGGACAGACCAACUGCUAGGCUUAUAAAAGAUUUUGACUGCAUAGAGGAAUCAUUUUUGAAAGAAAUUGGCAGUCAGUAUGGCAUUGUGUCUGGGUCUCGGGAGAAUUCCCUUUACAAUGCCCUUUGGGUAGCACAAGCAAUUUUGCGUAAAGGAUCUGCAAAAACUGCUGAUAAGCGGAUACUCUUGUUUACAAAUGAAGAUGAUCCUUUUGGGAGUAUGAAGGGUGCAGCAAAAACAGAUAUGACAAGAACCACAUUGCAGCGAGCUAAGGAUGCACAAGACCUUGGCAUUUCAAUCGAACUUCUCCCCUUAAGCCGGCCUGAUGAGGAGUUCAAUGUUUCACUCUUCUAUGCUGAAUUGAUUGGAUUGGGAGGUGAUGAUGUUGAUCAAUUUAUGCCCUUGGCAGGACAAAAAUUGGAAGAUAUGAAAGAUCAGCUGAGAAAACGAAUGUUUACAAAGCGCAUAGUAAGAAAAAUUACCUUGUUAAUUGCAAAUGGGUUGUCAAUUAACCUGAGUACAUAUGCUUUGAUACGUCCAACUACACAGGGGCCAAUUACAUGGCUUGAUUCUGUAACCAAUCGUCCUUUAAAGACGGAAAGAUCUUUCAUAUGUGCGGAUACGGGUGCAUUGAUGCAUAAACCUGCAAAGCUCACUCAGUGUUACAAAAAUGAGAAUAUCAAGUUCUCUGUGGAGGAGCUGUCACAGAUAAAAAGAGUUUCAACCGGACAUCUUCAUCUUCUUGGAUUCAAGCCAUUAAGCUACUUAAAAGAUUAUCACAACCUGAGGCCUUCGACAUUUGUAUUUCCUAGUGACAAGGAAGUUAUUGGUAGCACUCGCAUUUUCAUUGCUUUGCAUAGAUCCAUGUUGCGGCUUAAACGGUUUGCUGUUGCAUUUUAUGGCAGUUCAUCCCAUCCCCGAUUGGUUGCCCUUGUUGCACAAGAUGAGAUUCUUAAUGCUGGUGGUCAGGUUGAGCCACCAGGAAUGCAUAUGAUAUUUCUUCCAUAUUCUGAUGAUGUUAGAGACAUUGAAGAGUUUCAUUCAGAGUCUAGUGAGGUACCUCGUGCAACUGAUGAGCAAAUUAAGAAGGCUGCUGCUUUAAUUAAACGAAUUGACUUGAGAGAUUUUUCAGUAUGCCAAUUUGCUAACCCCGCAUUGCAGAGACACUAUGCAAUGUUGCAAGCACUUGCUCUAGGAGAAGAUGAGAUGCCAGAAAGCAAAGAUGAAACACUUCCUGAUGAGGAAGGAAUGACAAGACCAGGAGUUGUUAAGGCAAUAGAAGAAUUCAAACUUUCUGUUUAUGGUGAUAACUAUGAUGAGGAAUGCAACUUUGCUGGCAAUGGCAAAGGAAAUGAGGCCUCUAGAAAAAGGAAAGCAGCAGCUGAAAAUGCUGGGAAUGAGUAUGCAAAGUAUGACUGGGCUGAACUUGCUGACAAUGGAAAGUUGAAAGACUUGACAGUAGCGGAUUUGAAGAUUUACUUGACAGCGAACAGCCUUCCGGUUGCUGGUAAGAAGGAAGCCUUGAUCAGUAGAAUACUAACUCACAUGGGGAAAUGAGUGAGAUGAGACUAACAGUGAAACACCUUCAUUUCUUCCCGAACCAAUGGGAUUUGCUUGUCUGCAAAACGAUAUUAUGUGGUAAGUGCUUACAAAACUUUAUUUUGUGUAGAAAUAGCUGGUUUAAUGUAUAGAAUUACAAAAGUAAAAUUUUGCUUCAGCCUUUCUUUCUUUUCUUUUUAACUUUUUUGAGAAAGAGAAUAAGAGUUGUUCGAGGAAAGAGAGAUUACAUCUUGUUGCAUUAGGUUCUUCGACUACGGAGACAAUGCUAGUAUUUGCCUAUCCGUAUGCCCCAAUUUGCUGUACCUCUAACUUGAGAGAACAAGAGUGGCGAGAGAACAAGAGUGGCGACCCCAGCGAGGAAAACUAUUCAUAAUAUUUAGUUGUGUUGGACGACAGUUUUUUAAUUAAUUUUUAGUGUUUUGACUAGUUAAAAUAUUAAACAUUAUUUA